UCCACGCAGCCCACACACCUUCGGUCGACAAUUUAUACUCUCUUUCUCUCUUUCUCUCUCUCUCUCUCCAAAAACCCUAAACCCUAACAAGGAUCACCCGGAGACUUCAUAGAUCCAUGGCGACCGCCGCGUUGCUCAGAUCUCUUCGUCGACGAGACAUCGCAUCUGCUCCUAUCUCCGCCUUCAAAUCCUUAAGUGGAGCUAAAACAUCAUCCACAGGGUCAUACUUGAGUCAUAAAUUGGGUGUAAUUGCCAGACCCUUCAGUUCGAGACCUCUUGGAAAUGAAGUUAUUGGGAUUGAUUUGGGUACCACAAACUCAUGCGUUUCAGUCAUGGAGGGCAAGACUGCUAAAGUUAUUGAGAAUGCUGAAGGAGCACGAACAACACCUUCAGUUGUAGCUUUCAACCAAAAAGCAGAGUUAAUAGUGGGAACUCCAGCUAAAAGACAAGCAGUCACUAACCCAACAAACACUGUAUUUGGAACAAAACGUCUUAUUGGGAGACGAUUUGAUGAUUCCCAAACACAAAAAGAAAUGGCAAUGGUUCCAUAUAAGAUUGUAAAAGCUCCAAAUGGAGAUGCUUGGGUUGAAGCCAAUGGACAGAAGUAUUCUCCAAGCCAAAUUGGUGCAUUUGUUCUUACCAAAAUGAAGGAAACUGCUGAAGCUUACCUUGGGAAGACAAUCAAUAAAGCUGUUAUCACAGUUCCUGCUUACUUCAAUGAUGCACAAAGACAAGCAACCAAGGAUGCUGGAAGAAUUGCUGGUUUAGAUGUUCAAAGAAUCAUCAAUGAGCCAACAGCUGCUGCACUUUCUUAUGGAUUAAACAACAAAGAAGGUCUCAUUGCUGUUUUUGAUCUUGGUGGUGGAACUUUUGAUGUUUCCAUUUUAGAGAUAUCCAAUGGUGUUUUUGAGGUGAAAGCAACAAAUGGUGACACGUUUCUUGGAGGAGAAGAUUUCGAUAAUGCAAUGUUGGAUUUCUUGGUUAGUGAGUUCAAAAGAACAGAAGGAAUAGACUUGACAAAAGACAGACUUGCCCUUCAGAGGCUUCGUGAAGCAGCUGAGAAGGCGAAAAUCGAGCUUUCAUCAACCACCCAAACAGAUAUCAAUCUCCCCUUUAUUACAGCCGAUGCAUCCGGUGCUAAGCAUUUGAAUAUAACCCUAACAAGGUCAAAAUUCGAAGCUCUAGUAAACCAUUUGAUCGAAAGAACAAAGAACCCAUGCAAAAACUGUGUCAAGGAUGCAGGAAUCACAACCAAAGAAAUCGAUGAAAUCCUUCUUGUUGGAGGUAUGAGUCGUGUUCCUAAAGUUCAGGAAGUUGUUACAGAAAUCUUUGGGAAAACACCAAGCAAAGGUGUGAAUCCAGAUGAAGCAGUUGCCAUGGGAGCUGCUAUUCAAGGUGGAAUCCUUCGUGGUGAUGUGAAAGAGCUUCUUUUACUUGAUGUCACUCCUCUUUCCCUUGGUAUUGAAACACUCGGUGGAAUUUUCACCAAACUCAUUGGUAGAAACACCACAAUUCCAACCAAGAAAAGCCAGGUGUUUUCAACAGCAGCUGAUAAUCAAACACAAGUAGGAAUCAAGGUGCUACAAGGUGAACGUGAAAUGGCAUCAGACAACAAAAUGUUAGGAGAAUUUGAUCUCAUGGGUAUUCCUCCAGCUCCAAGAGGAAUGCCACAAAUUGAAGUGACAUUUGACAUAGAUGCAAAUGGUAUAGUGACAGUUUCAGCUAAAGACAAGGCCACAAACAAAGAACAACAAAUUACAAUUAGGUCCUCGGGAGGGCUUUCGGAUGAUGAGAUUGACAAAAUGGUUAAAGAUGCUGAGCUUCAUGCGCAAAAGGAUGCGGAGAGAAAGGCGUUGAUUGAUGCUAAGAACACUGCUGACACGACCAUUUACAGUGUGGAGAAGAAUUUGAAUGAGUAUAAAGAGAAGCUUCCGAGUGAAGUUGUGGCUGAAAUUGAAGGGGCUGUGGCUGAGUUAAGGAAGGCGGCUGGUGGUGAGGAUGUGGCGGAGAUUCAGGCGAAGAUUGAUGCUGCGAAUAAGGCGCAGUCGAAGAUUGGGCAGCACAUGCAGGGUGGUGCGGGAGGGUCGGAUUCGGGAGCUGGUGGUGCACAGGGUGGUGAACAGGCACCCGAGGCGGAGUAUGAGGAGGUAAAGAAGUGAAAAUGAGAUUUUGGUUUUUGUAAUUUUACUAAGACGUGAAUUGGAAUGGGGAUAUUUAAUAUAUUAUGGGGUUUUUCUAGUUGGGGUAGAAAUAAUUACCAAUUUGUUUUUGUUAACUUAUAUGGCUGUUAUUGCCGAUUGGGAACCAGAUACAUUUUUGGAUGAGAAUUUUUAAUGAGAUUUUACUGAUUGUUUUGGGAAUGAA